AUGCAUUCGUGCCAGGUUGACAAUGAGUGCUUCUGCCUUCUAGAUCUUGAAGGAGCAGAGAGAGUUCAAGCUUUGCGAUGUAUAGAGCAAAAAGGCAGGUACGCGGAGAUGAUCAACGAUCUUUGCAAGCACAGUGCUGUGCGGCUGUCCAUUCUCUUAGGACUCUCGUCCGCCGUAGUGGACAACGUUCCGCUCGUCGAGCUGGAAUCAAGAGCAAUGGUGGAAGUGGAUUGGCGAAAAGGACUCGCACUUCUCCUUUUCCUGGUGCAAUGCUUUCUGGUGUUCAAGCUGCUGCGAUGGUGUCGGAACUUCGUUCGCGGAUGCGCUUGCAGUCACUCGUGGAACUGGGCAUCCUUCUCCAAAUGGUAUCAGCACUACAUGCGACAGGAGGAGCGGGUCGUGAAGGCUAAGGUGACACUGCAAAUAGGCGUUUUCAUCAUCGGCUGCUAUGUUCUGCCGUGCACGUACUGUUUGCGAAUGGUUACCUUCCAGGCACGAGCUUGCGGCGUGCUGCCAAGCUGGGACGAAAUGGACGAAACACCCUUUCCAACAGUGGAUCUUUUCGUGGCGCUUAUGUGGAUGUCUUGUAUACUCAUAAUCUCGAACAAGCAUCUCGUGACACCACGGAGCCUGGAUGUGUGCUGCUUUUUUUUCUACAUUGCCACCCUGCUCGGGCUCUUGCUGACACCGGUCCAGACCUUCGAGGUGUAUCGCCAAGUCAUGUUCAGGCUCAUCUUUUGCAGAGUUCUGCCUGAUGUUACGACAAAGCGUGCGGCGAUGUUCGUGGUGUUCAACGUGCUCGGCGUUGUGGUGGUGAUCGCGCGGGUGAUUGCAGUCAGGGAGCGUGGAAGGAAUCAGCUUGACGAAGCCUUGGUCCUGAAUCUUGCACCCGUAUUUGGAGCAGUACUCGUUCGUCAAGCGUUGUACGCGAUAGCUGAAAAUGGGGUCAAUCUCCAGACACUCACUGUCGAACGAAACGCUAUCUCCAGCCUGCUUCUGGGACUUUGCGAUGCUGUUGUGGAAGUGGAUGAGAACCUCAAGCUGACACAAGACGGCCGUCAGCUCUCGACGAUGCUGUUACAUUGUCGUGGCGUAGCUGCCCAGCAGCUUGCCGGGUCGGACCUCCUUGCAUUCUUCCAUCCCGAUGACCGAGCACAUGUUCAACAAAGCUUAUGCGGCAGCCCCGAUGACACGCAAACACGGGUAUUCAACGCACGAAUGCUCGAUGGUUUAAGCAACCAUGUGGAAGUGGAGCUUUUUCACAUCAACAUGGAGAAUCAGGAGGGACAGAAGUGCUACCUUGUGGGAAUGCGAGAGUUCCAAGAUCUUGGCUUUGUCGCACCUUUGCCAGCACGGGAGCCAUCCAAUCCUACAGGCAAAAGAACCGGCGACUUCUCGUUCGUUUUCUGUGCCUCCUCCGCUCGAGUGCUCACUGCCGGGAAAGAGGUCGACAGGCUGCUGUUGAGCAACGACGUUGACGCAGAAGAGCUGCGCGAGAUGACAGUGUUCGAUCUUCUAUACGGACUGGAUCCUGCAUGGAAUGCCUAUCUGAAAGAGAAGGUGACCGAGCAUGGCAGCGGCCUUUUUCAACCUCAGCUUUACGAGCUCGGAGAAGUGCCGCUGGUUCUUUUGGAGCUGGCGGCGACAUUAAGGAAGCUGAAGCAUAGGUCUCGUCCGGCUGAUACCCUCACGCUCAUUUCUGGAGACCUGGCAGGAUUCGAGAACUGCCCAGUGAAAGCACCGGCUGCGAGCCAAUUUCUCGAGUGGAGAAGACUCAGAGACUCCAAGCAGCAAGACGAGCGGAAGUCAGUGUGGCAGCAUCAGCGACCUGCACCGCUCCAUCCCUCUCUAGGCCUUGGAGGACAGCAUCAAUUGCAGCAGCAUCCUUCAAAACUUCGCUUUGCUUUCGGAAGCCCGCUCAGAUGA